AUGAAUCAAUUUGAUGGAAGAAUUCCAGCAACACUAGGUCAGUUGAAGAGGAUUCAGCUUAUUGAGUUGGAGGAAAUAAGCUAUCAGGGGAGUCUACCCUUAGACCUAGGCUUCACUCUUCCUAACCUUGAAGUGCUAAUGGUUGGUGGGAACCAAUUUACCGGACCCAUUCCUCCUUCAAUAUCCAAUGCCUCAAAUCUAAGGGAACUUGGGAUUGAAACAAAUAGAUUUAGUGGAAAGGUGCCCACGUUGGAGAACCUACAGAAACUAAAGAUGGUUAAUAUUUAUGGCAAUCAGUUAGGACAUGGGGAAGAAGAUGACUUGAAGUUUCUCAAUUCUUUGAAAAAUGCUACGAGCUUAGAGAUACUUCAUAUUGGUGAUAACAGAUUUGGGGUUAUGUUGCCAGACGUUAUAGGAAACUUGUCGACCCAACUCAGAUUUCUAAUUGUUGAAAACAAUCAAAUGUUUGGAAAAAUCCCAACAGGUAUAGGCAAUCUUGUCAACUUGGAGGUUUUAGAUCUAUGCGGGAACCAAUUCACGGGCCAUAUUCCCAACAAUAUUGGGAAUCUUCAUAAGCUACAUCUUUUGAUGGUCGAAGAGAAUAGGUUCUCUGGGGAUAUACCAUCUUCUCUAGGCAAUCUAACAUUGUUAAACUUGCUUAGAUUAGACAGAAACAACUUACAGGGGACCAUUCCAUUAAGUCUAGGGAGAUGCACUAGUUUAGAAUAUUUAGAUCUCUCUUGUAACAAUCUAAGUGGUGUCAUACCCCCUGAAGUAACUGGUCUCUCAUCCUUGUCAAUUUAUUUUGAUCUAUCUCUAAACCAAUUGACUGGUUCCCUGCCCUCAAAUGUCGGUAACCUAAUAAAUUUGGCAAGUCUAGAUAUAUCUGAAAAUAAAUUGUCUGGUGAAAUUCCUAAUAGUUUAGGCAGUUGUGUUUGCUUGCAACAACUAGUCAUGGAUGGUAAUUUCUUUCAAGGGAAUAUUCCAUCCACCUUGAGUUCUUUGAGAGGCAUUGACUAUCUUGAUCUUUCAUCCAACAACUUGUCUGGCCAAAUACCCAAUUUUUUAGUGAACUUUCCCUUUUUGAUGUACUUAAAUUUAUCUAACAAUGACUUCGAGGGUGAAGUGCCAAUCGUAGGAGUCUUCAACAACGCAAGUGCUAUUUCACUUUUAGGAAACGAUAAACUUUGUGGUGGCAUAACUGAGUUACAUUUAUCCAAUUGUCCUAUCAAAAGAUCAAAGCAAACUCAAUCUGUUUCAAAAAAAGUGAUAAUUCCUAUAGUUGUUGGAAUUUUGUUGCUGGCUAUGAUGUUAUGUUUGAUAAUUAUUCGCUGGUGGAGAAGAACAAAAAGGAAUUCCUCUUCUGCAUCACCAUUGUUAGCUUCAUUUCUGCAAGUGUCCUAUGAGAAUCUAUUGAAAGCAACUGCUAGGUUCUCUUCAGAAAAUUUGAUUGGUUCUGGGAGUUUUGGUUAUGUGUAUAAGGGAAUCCUAGACCAUAACGAAAUGGUAGUGGCAGUGAAAGUUCUUAACCUUCAACAUCGAGGAGCUUCCAGGAGUUUCUUGGCUGAAUGUGAAGCCUUGAGAAGUAUCAGACAUCGAAAUCUUGUCAAAAUAAUAUCUGCUUGUGCAAGUGUUGAUUUCCAAGGAAAUGAUUUCAAGGCUUUGAUCUACGAGUUUAUGGUUAAUGGGAGCUUGGAGGAGUGGUUGCAUCCCAAUGUAACUACAGAUGUCUUACAAGAGGCGCCGAGGAAUCUAAACUUUCUACAAAGACUUGAUAUUGCUAUCAAUGUUGCUUGUGCAGUGGAUUAUCUUCAUAACCAUGGCCAAACACCAAUGGUUCAUUGCGAUCUCAAGCCAAGCAAUGUUCUUCUUGACGAUGAGUUGACAGCACAUGUAGGUGACUUUGGAUUGGCAAGAUUCCUUCCAGAGGGCACCCAUAGUCUUUCAAGUAAUCAAACAAGCUCCAUUGGUGUAAGAGGAACUGUUGGUUAUGCUGCUCCAGAGUACAGCAUGGGAAGUGAGGUUUCAACUCAAGGUGAUGUGUACAGUUAUGGAAUACUCUUAUUGGAGAUGUUUACAGGGAAGAGGCCGACCGAUGAGAUGUUUAAUGGUGACAUGAAUCUUCAUGAUUUUGUUAAGACAGCUAUCCUCGAACGAGUCAUUGAAAUAGUGGAUCCAGUUCUUCUUCAGGAAAUAGAAGAAGGACAGACAAGCUUGAGAAGUCACAGUGUUCGGGAGUGCUUGAUUUCGAUAUUUGGAAUUGGAGUCACUUGCUCUUCAAGGUCGCCGAGUGAAAGGACGAACAUGGAUGAUGUUACAGCUCAACUGCAUUCUAUCAAGAACAGACUUCUACAAACUCCAAGACUGGGUCAGAGGCUACUGUAACUAUAUGAGUAAUUUUCUUGCGUUUUAUA